AUGAGUACUGUAGACGAGGGCAUAGUAUUGCCAGCUAAGUUAAUGAGUAAUAGUCGAGUUUUAGAGGAACAGACUAAUAUAUUAAAUAUGCUAAAUGAACAUUUCACCAAUAUAUCAAAUAUUAUUAAGAAAGCAGCUUUUGUAGAAUCAGAUUUCUCAAACCUUAAGGACUUCAUUGAUAGUAAACUUAGUACCCAUACAUAUUUUGUUAUUGAACCUAUAACACCUUUCGAAGUUAAAAAAUAUAUUGAUAAAUUAGAUGUGCAUAAAUCAACAGGACUGGAUAGAAUCGGCCCAAAUAUAUUGCCCUACUGUGGUCCAAAUAUAUUGCCCUACUGUGGUGACCAUAUUACAACGUCGAUUGCUUUUAUAAUAAACACAAGUAUUGUAAAUGGUUUAUUUCCCGAUGCUCUCAAAGAGGCUUACGUUCUCCCAAUAUUGAAAGGCGGUAAUAAAGAAGACUCAAAGAACUACAGGCCCAUAUCUGUUUUGCCUACAUUUCCAAAAUAUUUGAGAGACACAUAG